AGAAGCCUGUGCGCAUGCACAGUUUGGACACGUCCCCCAGCCCCGUCAGAUGCUCGCGGUGGAAUGAGAGGUUCCCAGGGGAGCGAUGUGCAAAGUCCCCGCUCUGGCUUCUACCCCGAGCUGCUUUGCAGGACAGGGGCCUAGCUGUGCCUGCGCUUGAUUCUGGAAGCCCGGCCCUUGCUCCUCCCCGGGGUGGGGCUCCCCCUCCACCACUGGGCUUAACCGAAGGCCUGUCGGCUCAGUACUGGCGUGCAGAACUGAAUUCUGACCGCUCUGCCUUUUCCACAGCCUGCGUUCACUGCCAAGGGUACGGUGAUGGCUUCCUGUGUCCUUUUGCACACUGGACAGAACAUGCCUCUCAUUGGGCUGGGGACAUGGAAGAGUGAGCCGGGGCAGGUAAAGGCAGCCAUUAAAUACGCCCUCAGUGCAGGCUACCGCCACAUUGAUUGUGCUGCUGUCUAUGGCAACGAGAGUGAGAUUGGAGAGGCCCUGAAGGAGAAUGUGGGACCAGGCAAGGCAGUGCCUCGAGAGGAGCUGUUUGUGACAUCCAAGCUGUGGAAUACUAAGCACCACCCCGAGGAUGUAGAAGCUGCCGUCCGGAAGACACUGGCUGAUCUCCAGCUGGAGUACCUGGACCUCUAUUUGAUGCACUGGCCUUACGCCUUUGAGCGGGGAGACAACCUCUUUCCCAAGAACGCUGAUGAAACUAUCCGCUAUGACUCCAUCCACUAUAAGGAGACGUGGAAGGCUAUGGAGGCUCUGGUGGCAAAGGGGCUGGUGAGAGCCCUGGGCUUGUCCAACUUCAGCAGUCGGCAGAUUGAUGACAUCCUCAGUGUGGCCUCUGUGCGCCCAGCUGUCUUGCAGGUGGAAUGCCAUCCAUACCUGGCUCAAAAUGAGCUCAUUGCCCACUGUCAAGCUCGAGGCUUGGAAGUAACUGCUUACAGCCCAUUGGGUUCCCCUGAUCGUGCUUGGCACCACCCUGAUGAGCCAGUCCUGCUUGAGGAACCAGUGGUCUUGGCACUAGCUGAAAAACAUGGCAGAUCUCCAGCUCAAAUCUUGCUCAGAUGGCAGGUUCAGCGGAAAGUAAUCUGCAUCCCCAAAAGCAUCACUCCUUCACGAAUCCUUCAGAACAUUCAGGUAUUUGAUUUCACCUUAAGCCCAGAGGAAAUGAAGCAAUUAGAUGCUCUGAACAAAAAUUGGCGGUAUAUUGUGCCCAUGAUUACGGGUUUCACUAUAUUGCCUUAGCUGGCCUGGAACUGAGAGAGAUACGCCUGUCUGUGCCUCCUGAGUAUUAAAGGUGUGUGCCAUUGGGCUGGAGAGAUGGCUCAGUGGGUAAGAGCACUGACUGCUCUUCCAGAGGACCUGGGUUCAAUUCGCAGCACCCACAUGGCAGCUCACAAUUGUCUGUAACUUCUGUUCCAGGGAUCUGACACCUUCACACGGACGUAUAUGCACUCAAAUACCACUGUACAUUAAAAAAAAAAAAAAAAAGUCUGUGCCAUCAUGCCUGGCUCCCCCCACCUUUUUUUUUUUUUUAACUUCUUAUUGAUUCUUGUGAGUCUCACCUUAUAUACCCCAGUCCCACUCAUAUCCACCCUUUGCCCUUGGAACCCCCCAAAAUAAAACACACUUAACAACUGCAACAACAAAUAAACAAUGCAUAGAGACCA